CAUGGUCACCAUUUGUUACGUACAACUGUCAGAUCAAGUCAAAAACAAUAGAUAAGGUUAAUAUUUUGUUUAUGACGAAUAUUCAGCACACUGUGAUUAGUUUAUUAUUGGGUCCACUUAUCAUACACACACACAUGUGUUUGUCCUUGCAAUACUCUUAAGUAAUUGCAGCUUAUUCUGUGAAUCCAAUUAACUACAUUAGUGCAGUACUCAAAAAUGGCUACUCUUGAAGACAAAAUCCUGGGCGAAAAGUUACACAAUUACUGUAGUAGUAGCAGUAGCGAAGAAAGUGAUGGUGACUCAGAUUUAGAUCAUAAUAAGCAAGAACAAGCAGGUUCCCCUGAAACAUCGGCCGUUCCAGAAAUAAAUAAAUGGGAGGGUACGUCUACCAAUACAGGGCCUAAAGGAGUAAUUAAAGAUUGGCAAAGAUACAAGCAACUUGAAAAUGAAAAACGGUCAGAAGAUGAAAGAGAAAAAAUUUCUCUUAUGAAAAAAUUAACACUAACAGUUCAGUCAGCGUUGGAUGAAGAACGAGAAAAAGCAGCCCUGGAGGAUCCUGAAAUGGCUGAGUUGUUGAGUGAUGCAUUUCUGCUAAAGUAUCAGAAAGAUCGGUUACAAGAAAUGGUUUUACAAACAAAUCACAACAUUACAUUUGGCGAGUUAUAUGUUUUAAAGGACAGUGAGGAACUUCUUAAUGCAAUUGAUGAAGAAAAUAAGUCAGUUACAGUGGUGGUUCAUAUAUAUGAAAAUAAUGUAGAAGCGUGUCACACUAUGAACAAAUGCUUAAAACAGCUGUGUAAAAUUUACAAAAAUGUGAAGUUCUGUGCAAUACUUAGUUCUAGGGCUGGCAUGAGUAAACGUUUUAAAGCAGAUGGGGUACCUGCAUUGCUUAUAUAUAAAGGUGGCCAAUUGGUGGGAAAUUUUAUAAGAUUAUCAGAUGACUUAGGGAAUGACUUUCAACCAGAAGAUAUUCAGGGUUUUUUAGUAGAGCAUGGGAUGCUUGAGGAUAAAAGUUGUACUCCUUUGCUAAUAAAGGACUCAACAAAUGAUAGUGACAGUGACUAAACUGGGGCAUAAAAGUAGUUUACUGUAACAGAUACUUCAGGUUCGAUUUUUUUACAUAAGUAUAAAAAAAAAUACACAACUGACAGUCACCCCAUUCCCUUUAGUCAAUCUUUUGUUAAAUCUUGAUCUCAUGCAAGAGGCUAAGUUGCAUUAAAAUAGUAACUGACCAUUUAAUUUUUUACUUAGAUGAAUUAAAAUGUUGAACAUCAACAAAAUGUCAAAUAUCCAAAUGUGUUCAGUGUACUCAUUCAUUAAUGACAUUCGAUUUUUUUAUUCAUUAGGUGCAUUAGUUUUGUAAAGUUGCUUUCAGUUUUUGAGGGAGUCAACAAUUAUAGAUAUUUAUUAAUAAGUUUACAAGUUGUCCAAUGUUAUUUAAUAUAUGUAUAUUGUUGCAUUUAUUAUUAAAACGCUGUUAUAACAAAGGCAAAUGGAUAUGAGUGCUUAUUGGCGCUCUGUAUCUACAGGAAAUUAAUAAUUGUAUUAAGUAAAAUGUCGAUGUCUAUAAUAUAAAAAGUUGCAUGUAUGUUUGUGUGAAAGAAAAUUAUGUGCCUGUUCAUUCGAUUUUAAGCAUAUACUUGCUGAAAGACCAAACUAACCAUGCUGGCAUUUUUGUACUAAUUAAUGUUUUUGUAUUGUGUUAAAAAACAUAGCAAUAGAAGUUGUAAUAAAUGAUAAUAGAGAAA